AUGUCAUCUUUAAUAGCUUUGGCAGCAGCUUGCAAGUCCCAUGAUAUUGUCAAACGGUCCAAAACAGCUCUAGAAAGUCAGAUGUUAUUUGAGGUUCGGGAACUACUUGAACUUGCCGAGCGCCAUCACAGGGCUUCUCUUCAACAUAUUCAAGCCACCGUAUCUCACUCAAAUUGGUACGACGAAGUCCUCGCCAAUGCUGCGUUGAUGGUAUUAUACGCCUCCGCAAGCCACUCCAUCAGAGUACAUCUCGCGGCUACUGCGAAACAGAAGGGCCAGCGGCUACCGGCUGAGCUGCUUCCACAGCACUCACAGUGGAUCUCAUUCACACGUGCAGCACAUACAGCCUCCACUGCAAUUCUCAAAGAUGUCCUCAACGCUUCAAAUAAUACCCACUAUGAUGAUAUCGCGACACCGCCUUCUAUACAAGGCUUUCCAUGUAUAGAUUUGAGCAGCACGAAUGUCUUGACGCCACAAAAUGGUCCAUCAGAGGAAACGGGGCGUCUAUUUCUUCCCCUAGUCGCGUCCACGUAUAAUAGAGCUCUCGGAAGACUGUCAGAGAGAGCCGAUUCCAUAUCGGCUCAUGUUGGGAGAAUAGCGUCUUUCAACUCCGACCUCCGAGACCUUGACGUAUGCAUGAAAACUUUACCUAUCCUCGGCAAAUGUGCAUCCGCUGCCCUGACCCAAAAAGAAAAUUUGGAAAGCCCCAAAGAUCUUCAGCAUGAAACCCCUUUAUUUGAUGGAUCUUCCAAGGUCUCGCCCUGGGUGGGAAAAUACAUGAUUAGUGUGACAUCAAUGAAAGCACCAAAGGCACUCCGACGAACCAUAAUGUCCUUUUUGAACGAAGCCCCUUCCGAGUACCUCAACAUUAUCCAGUCAAUUCUGGAUUUACCAAUCACAGAGACGAGUCCAGCUGAGAAUGGAAUAGUGCGAGACUCGCCGAAGAUUGAAAUCCCUCCGCUUGAUGCGACGCAACUAUUGGCCAUGGAUAUCUUCGCCCAUUGGCUGGUUUUAGUCAUGCUGUUGGAUGGAGUGUGGUGGAUUGGGGAUAUUGGACAAUGGGAGUUAGGACAGGUUGUGUCAUUGAUGAAGACUCAGGAAUUCUUUCAUCAAGUAAUGGAUGAUAAAGAGACGUGGUGGCCCCAGAGCAUGUAUAUGGUUAAGCUAGAACUGGGAACAUCUAUCUAG